AUGAUUGGGAGUGGGCGCAUAUCAGUGGCGACAGCUGCAGACAUAUCCAGGGCAAAUACUGCAGACACUGGAGAUGCCGCACCUGCUGCGAUCCAGGCUCUAGCUAGUUUGGGGGCUGGAGGCACCCAGCUUCAAAAUCAGGAACGAGAUCUCCACCGAUGGGUUCCGAACGAAGAGGCCACAUCGGAACAAAUGAUUCCAGUUCUCCUGCCUCAUGAGAUUUUUCAUGCCAUUGCAAUGGCUGGGAGUCGGCAGGUGAAAACGGCUACUCAUAAGCUGGUGGCAGAAGUGAUCUCUUGGUCCAUGAAAAUUGCAUUGGAAGGGAUCGGCCCAGCGGUCGGUUUCCGAGGGGAGAAACUGGUGGGAAACAGGUGCUCGUGGGCUGGAAAGCGUCUGGCUGAUGGUUGGCACUUUGCUUAUUUCGGUUUCAAGGCCGAUGCAAAAGCUCGGAAAGAGUGCCACUUUUUCGAGAGAUCCUACCAGUGCAACAAAAUCUGUGAGGAAUGCCUGGCGGAAAGGUCAAACAAACACGGUGACCCUUUGAUGCUGUUCAAAAACUUUUUCGAUGGGGCUGCUUAUUGGAUGACCUUGCUUUCCCACAGCGACUACGUGCGUUCGAGCACCACUCCCAGCCCAUGGCUGGCCAUGCCGGGUUUUCACUUCAAGACAGCCUUCAGGGAUCCGAUGCACACUAUUUACUUGGGGACUGCAAAGGAGAUGCUGGAGGACAUUAAUUUGCGACUCAUUGCCAUGAGCCUCUGGAGUCUGCAAGAGGCACUUCACAUUCUGGACCACUCUGGAUUGAUUGUGCUCAAGGAAGAUGCUGAGGUUGGGGUUUGUGAAAAUACUCAGUUCACAGUUCGCUGA